AUGGCCUUUUCAACACAAAAGGAAUUCUUUCAUGUGCCCUUCAUGAACGAAACGGUCGACUAUGAGUGCCGCAGAGCUUGCGUCAAAUUGAAGACCUAUCAAUCGACCACCGACGAUCGCUCGUGGGCCAUGGAUGAGUCGCUCCAAUCGAGAUUCCUGUCAGAUUUGGUCACUUGCCAGACGCCGGUUGGCGGUUUCGGUAUUGGCGACGAUGACGAAUAUGAAAACGAUGAAGCAGGGCCUGCAGGAGGACAAAGACGAAUAAAUAGAAACUACGGGCGUGGAGGUGAUGGUCGCGGCGCUCGUGGAAAACAUGCAGAUGAUGGCAAUCGCUAUAGCGCUAGCGCUGGUAUAGAUGGCGAUGUGGGCAGUUCCGGUCCAAGUGGAAGUGGACGUGGAGGUGGAUAUGCUCCACAAUAUGGUUAUCGCAACGCCGCUUAUAUCGGAGGUGGAGGUGUUGGUCAUGGUGCUGGCGCUUCUGGUGGUGGCGCUUCUGGUGGUGGCGGCGGUGUAGCUGGCAAACAGGGUCAAGGUGGUCUCGUUACCGCUGAUAGUGUACUUGCGUGCGCCAACGAACAAAUGGGCCGUCUACAGGAUCUGCUGUUGGACAAGCAGAAACUCGAAAAGCAAUUAGAGGUGUCGAAUGAACGCUUGAAAGUCGCCAAUAUGGAGAAUGACAAAAUCAAGGCGAUCAUGAAUGAUAGAUUCGAUAGCAAUCAUGCGAAGGAUUUCUACAAUAAAAUACAGAAACUUGCAACAAGCGGCAAAAUAAACAGAAGCGAAGAGAAUGAACUACUCCACAUCUACAAUAAAAUCGAAGAUAUGAAUAAAGCUUAUGAAGUUUUACAAGCCGAAAAUGCCCAUCUGAAGCGACUUAUGGAGAAGCUGUCGUUGCGGGCCUCCUACGAAGCAAUCAAAAUGGAACCAGAAAAAAGCAAUGAUGUGCCGUUUCUACAGAAUGAGGUAAACAAAUUGCGCCAGGAGGUAUCCAUGCUAAGGAAGUACGAAGAUGAUAAGUUGAAGGGACGCACGGAUAGUAAUCGAAAUAAGUCGCCCGAUGUCGAUCCCGAGACACUCAAGGCAACGAUAAAGGAGCGCAAUGCUUUGCGUGAGAAAUGCAAAACGUUCAAAGAACUCGAGGCAAGGGUAUAUGAGCUGCAGAAGAUAGCCAAUGAAGCCGAUAAAAUGUCUGAUAGUUUAUCGAACGAUUUGGAUAAUCAAUCCAAGCAUAUUGUGGAAAUGGAGCAGGAGAUGAAGCAGAUGCAAGAUUACUACGAAGAUCAAAUGGACAAGCUGAAGUACAACGAGGAUGUGUUGAAGUGUAAGCUGGAGGAAAUGAAAGAAGACCUAAUUCGUGCCAGAUGUAGCGCACAAAAAGCGGAAUGCUUACAAAUGGAAAUUAGCUGCUUGCGAAACGAGCUGAUGCGACGUGAUCGGUCGCUGAACGAUUACGAUUGCCAGUAUAAACAAUUGAUGUACAAGGCCCAGAAAUUUAGAAAUAGUGGCUAUUGUAUGUGCUAUCGAAACCCAGAUGCUGGCCAUGAUAAUGAUAAUUCUUUGUCGGAUAGUUGACUGCAAAGCAAUGCCUCCUCGCUAAAUUCUAUACAUAAAUAUAAUAUGAAUAUUAUGUGCAAUAGCAUUGUAUUUUAUGUUUACGUAUUUUUUUCUACAAAUUUUUCAUCGCCCAUAUCUACUACUGCAUGCGAGGAACACCACUUUUAUUACAUCUAAUUAGU